CUUUCACAACUGUAUAUAAGUACUGGCGUCCACGGGGUCUGAAAUACAUUUUGGGGGACCAUUCUCAACCAAAAGACAUCUGAUCUGCUGAAUUGUUCGUAAUAGCCUUUUUUGGACACGAAAGAAAAACAACAAAAGUCAAGGAAAAUGGUUUCUGCUGGGCUACAGAUGCUGGGCACGGCCCUGGCGAUCAUUGGCUGGAUUGGGGCAAUCGUCGUGUGCGCCCUCCCGAUGUGGAGAGUGACAGCUUUCAUCGGCCAGAACAUCGUGACGGCACAAACCACCUGGGAAGGCAUCUGGAUGAGCUGUGUGGUGCAGAGCACCGGGCAGAUGCAGUGCAAGGUGUACGACUCCAUGCUGGCGCUCAGCUCCGAUCUUCAGGCUGCUCGCGCCCUGACCGUUAUCGCCGUAGUUGUGGGUGUGAUGGGAAUCCUGUUGUCCAUAGCUGGGGGAAAGUGCACCAAUUGCGUGGAAGAUGAGUCCUCCAAAUCCAAAGUGGGCAUUGCUUCGGGUGUGAUCUUCAUUGUCGCGGGAGUCCUCUGCCUUAUCCCUGUCUGCUGGACGGCCCACACCAUUAUCCAAGAAUUCUACAACCCCCUGGUGGUAGACAGGCAGCGCCAGCUACUACACGCGAUCUCACGCAUCGGGCUCCAGAUUAUGGGCAUUGUCUUGGCAUUGAUCGGAUGGCUGGGGACAAUAAUUGUGUGCGCAUUGCCCAUGUGGAAGGUGACUGCUUUCAUUGGGGCCAACAUCGUAACGUCACAGACCAUCUGGGAGGGCCUGUGGAUGAACUGCGUGGUCCAGAGCACGGGACAGAUGCAAUGCAAGGUCUAUGACUCCCUACUGGCCCUGCCCCAGGACCUACAGGCCGCCCGGGCCAUGCUCAUCAUCUCCAUCAUAGUGGGCAUCUUCGGCACCAUGAUGGGCAUCGCUGGGGGCAAGUGCACCAACUGCAUGGACGAUGAGGCGUCCAAAGCCAAGGCGUGCAUAGCUGCGGGUGUGACCUUCAUCAUUUCUGGGCUGCUCUGCAUUAUCCCUGUGUCCUGGUCAGCCAACACCAUCAUCAGGGACUUCUACAACCCCCUGCUGACCGAGGCCCAGAGGAGGGAGCUGGGAGCCGCCCUGUACAUUGGCUGGGGGUGUGCGGGGCUGCUGUUGCUGGGAGGAGGUCUGCUUUGCUGGAACUGCCCCCCCAAGGAGAACCGCCCCUACAUAGCGAAAUUUGCACCCGUGAGAUCAUCAUCAUCCACACCCAUGGACUAUGUUUAAUUUGACAGAGUGUUUUUUUUUUCAGACUCCUUUUCCAGGUACCUGAGAGAAAUUCAGGACUUUUAAGUUAAAAAGAAAAUUAAGUAAAACUCAUCAGAGCGCUGAAACUCACUGAGGCUUGUGUAAUGAUGUUCAUAUAUUAUUCUUAAAAUAUAAUUUCUAUUUUUCAGUUACCCAGAGUUACCUGAAUACAGACUUUCUGCUAUUAUGCUCAUUUUCAAAUGAUCUAUAAGCUGCUCUCACUUCUGUUUUUUCCCAUGAGUAAUUUUAAUUUAUAUAAUGGGAACAUUUUUAAUCUGUCGUCAAUAUGAAUAUUUCAAUGUCCAAAAAUGUUAUAUAUUAAAAUGUUUGAAUUGUAA